AUGUAUCCGUGCGAGCUAGCUGCGCUACCCAUGUGGGAGGAAGAAGAGUGGCUGCCACCUCCCAACAUACCGGUCGCACUCCCUGGCAUCUCGGACGUGGAACGAUGUGCGUCUCCUGGAGUCAUGGUCGAAGACAUUGCGAGUUCGCUAUCGCUAGCCGCACUGUGGUCCCAGUAUGACAAUAGCGAUCCUGAGGAAGACGAAGAUGAAGGUGCAGAUGGAUCGACAGCCGUAGCCGAAGCAGCAGCCGUGUUGAUGUCGGCCGGAUGCGGGUAA